ACUAACGGGCGUAGCAUUUGGCGGGAGCAUGGAGUCUGGGUAGCCGGGCAAGAUGAUACGCAAUGCGACUUGUUCUCGAGUUCGCUGAGCACAUGCUGUAGGUUUUAGUUUCUCAUUCUGGCACCAUGCGAUCAAUUAUCCGUUCUAAACAUGUAUUUCUAUGCUCAUGAUCUAUUUUCCUUCGCGCAUUGGAGGUCGGUUUACGUCUCUGGAACCGCUGAGCUGGAGGAGCGAACGGCUAAAAUAAACGUCGUUCAAAGAGAACGAAUCGUUCAACUGCAAAUCACGUCUCCACUCGUGGACCGCAACUUCAAUGAGUAGGCUACAGGACAGAAGAUAACGUGUUAUCAUAGGAAACGGAAGAAAAACUGUUGAUAAUCUUUUCAUUCUCCAAUUUAGUUUCGUUACUUGUAUUUGUCAUUUCAACUUUUUAUUGAACAUCUCUCUGCUUGUAAUUAGUUCUGUUGACAUAUCCCUUUCAAGCACUUAAUCUGCGUCUGAAAUAGUUUAUUUUACGCCUGCAACAGGUGACAAAUAGAUAAACGUUAGGAUUUUGUCGGCGGCAGGUAGCCUAGUGGUUGGACCAGUACCCGAAAGGUUUCUGAAUUAAAUCCCCGAGUUGACAAGUGAGAGAAGAUGCAUCUGGUCCUCAGAGUACUGUGUAUCUCUAUGCUCACACUGUGUUGCCUGAGUAGCACUGGUGAGAUAGGGUGUAAACAAUGGACAACCUCUGCUGGUUCUCCUGAUGUCUGCUGUGAAAGGUGCAAUCCAGGGAACCGUCUGGUGACACACUGUGGACCAGACCCAGAAAAGCUCUGUGUUCCAUGUCGGAAUGAGACCUAUACAACUGAUGGUACAUCACACUCCUGUCUCAGGUGUACUCAGUGUGUAGGUGGCGCCCAAUUCCUUAAGGCGGCCUGUACAAAAAGCAAGGACACAGAAUGUGACUGUAGGGCAGGAUUCCGAUGUGGUGAUGACCACUGCUCCUUCUGUGUUGAGGAGUGUGGGACGGGCCAGGAACCUCUUCCCGCUGCAAGGUCCUGCCGGAAUUGUCCAGAAGGGACCUUCAAUGACAGAAUCCAUGAGAAGUGCAAGUCUUGGAGAACAAGCUGUCUGCAUCCCAAUGAACACAUUGUUGCAGUGGGAGAUGCAGUCAGUGACAGCAAGUGCGGCAUUGCCAACAUUGUAACGCCAGAAGUCAACACCUUACCUUCAACACAGGCGGACCCUGAGGGGCUUUUUUGGGCUAUAAGUGCCUCAUUUGGGGUCUUUAUCCUCCUUAUCGUCUUGUUUCUGGUCAUCAUCAUCACCAAAAAGAAGCCAGAGAAGACAGCCCCCAAGGAGCCAACCCUUAAUGAGCAAACUCCCCCUACAGAUGAACCCAGGAGCCUGGUGGUGACCAGUUUCCACCACCCUCAGCAGGAGCAGGGCAGCAGCUCUGAAAUCCUGUGCUCCCAAGACUUUGAGACGAAGCUCCUGCCUGUGUGAGUGGCAGUGGACUUACUUUCUCAUGUGUUUUUGUUCCACUUUACUUUAAUUUUUUUAAAGAGUAUUACUGAUAUUUAUUGUUGCAUGGUUGGGAAAGGCAUUUCACUGUACUUGUGGACGUGACAAUUAACUUGGAACAGGGUCAUACUGGGUCUGACCUAAUGAUCACUACUUCACACGGGCACUCCGAUGCCUACACAUUGCUAGCCUCAAGCCCGGGCUGACGCUACUGCUGAUACAGUUGGACUCUAGCUCUGCUGGACCAUGCUACUGAGUCGCUGGGAAUAAGACAUUGAGGCUUAGAUCAUUUUUUGAAUUUGUGAUAUCUUUUUAUUCUGUGAUAUUUCUAAUACCUCAGUAAUGUUUCUUAUCUCACAGGCACAUUCAAAGGUAAACUAGGUCACUAUGUUAAGAUCAUGUACAUGUCAGCUAGCUAGUAAACUGAUAUUCAAAUGUCAGUAGUGAUGGGGAAAUUUAGGGGGAAAAACACUGAUGUCACUAUGACAUAUGCAUUAGCAAUUGGCUGCAGCUGGACUAGUUCAACUAUUUACAUUUCCUGGUUUCAUAUACUGAAGGCAAGUGUCCUUUAUGGCCUGAAUAUGUAAUACUACUCUUGAAAUGUGUAUGAAGGUAGUAUCAGAGCCAUGACCAUAAUGUAACAGUGAAUGAGGGGGUACAGCAGUACAACACAGGAAGCUCUGUAUAGUUGUGACUGGCAGCCUCCAUGCCUCCCACUGGCUUAUACAGUAUCAUAGUCACGUUUUCUCAGUUCCCUGAAUGGCUAAACCUAGCUGCCCACAGUUUCUAAGCUGAAGGGAAUAUCCCUACUUAAUAUACUGUACAACCCGAGGUGUGACGAACGUUUCAUUGCGCAAGGUAUGACGAAGAGCAAAUACAGGGUAAUGCCUCAGCACUUUAAGAAUUUAAUUUAUGAUAACAAUGUACCACUGGUACAGUAUGUGACUUGGAGCCACUUUCCUGUGUGAAUGUACUGCUUUUGUUGACUGGUAUAGAGUUAAGGACAUUCCAAUUGGAUCAUUCAUCCCACCCUCCCCUGUAACCAUUCCCCAAGAGAUUGCUGUAAAUGAGAGAAUGUGUUUUGGCAACCUACCUGGUAAAAUAAACAUUCACAAGGACAUUGAAAUGUGUGCAGGAUACAGUAUGACGUUAUAAUAAAAAGGCAGCUUAAUCUACCCAACUUUUCCAGGAAGAGAUUUCAAAAAGGGUCUGGACAUUCCAAAUAAUGUAGGAGGAAAUGCUACGGUCAGAGAAUCCUCUCAGGUGGGGGUUUCCCCUUUACACAGACGUACAUCUAAAGGAACUGGAAAAGUCUGUUAACUAAUACAAAUGUUAAUUGCACUUGACGCACAAUUUACAAUGUCGGCAUUGAAUGUGAUCAAAGGGCUUCCUUUAACCUAGUCUGAUAAGAUCAAGACCAGAGUGAACUCUUUCACCACUGUAGGUUUGCGAUCAUAAGCAUGAUCUAAAUCGGUGUUCCUUCGGCUUGCUGGAAAUGCUUGUUAACUCAAGCCCACUUAGCCCUGGUUGUAAAAAAGAAAUGAAUACUCCCUCUGGGCUUUCUGUUAGGCAGAGCUGGGAAAGCCGAGAGGAUUAUGAUUAAAUGUGUCAUAUUAAUCACAUUGUACCAUCACUGCUGGGAAAUUACACAAGAAGGAGCAUAGGUCAUGUGUAAAUAAAGCUAACAGAAUCAUGAACGCUGUAUGAGUCACACAGGGAAGAGGGGAAACCGUGUCAAACACGCUGGAAGAGCAUCUCAGGCAAAUGAUCCUAUAGAAACUUCCCAUUCAGAUCUGUACUAAUGUAACCUUUACUUUUCAUGAGUCUACAAAGAAGCAGAGUAGUGCAUCACAGUUCACACCCACGUUUAGUUACUGUAUUUUUGUAGUUUGGACAGGCGUAGCCCACUGAGAUGGAACAUCUCACAUUUCACAAUUAGGGCCUACAUGGUGGAAAACGUGAACCCACACUCAUGGAAUGGGCCUACAGUAGUAGCAGUGUAAAUUAGUCAUCACCACCACAAAUGACUUUCACAGUAAUCCGAGGACAGGACCUUCAGAAAGCCAGUUACACUAAAGAUGAUAGUCACAUUGAUGGAUUUUUAGGAGUGCCGUCCAUGUGAAUAUCCUUAAGUACUUGGACUGGCCGGCUCCUGGGAUUUUAUUAUGUAUUGUAUGUCUUUUCACUUCGGCGCAGAGAUUUUGUUGAUUAAAUAAGCAAUAUUGUUUCAUAUUUUGAUAUUUUUUUAAAUAAAGAACUAGCAAAUACCA